AUGGUUCCAGUAGAAGCGCGUCUGCGCGUGGUCAUCGUCGGAGCCGGGCUCAGCGGCAUUGCCACGGCCAUCUCUGCAGCUCUCUCCGGUCACUCGGUCGAGGUCAUCGAGCAAGCAAAAGAGCUAGCAGAGGUCGGAGCAGGCCUGCAAAUCACGCCGAACGCAUCUCGUCUUCUGCAGUACUGGAAUCUUCCUGCUUCUUUAUGGGAAGCAGCUGCCGAGCCCACCAUGCUCACAGUUCACCGAUAUUCGGGCCAGGUCCUGGCCCUCGACAGCUCUUUUGACAAGAACAUCCGCACCAAGUACCAUGCACCUUUUGUGGACCUACAUCGCGUGGACUUGCAACAGGCUCUUUACGCGCGAUCGCAGGAACUGGGUGUGACUUUCCACCUUGGGGAGAGAAUUGAGCAUAUUGAUUUCGACACGACGACCGUGCGUUCCGUGACGGGAAAGAUCUUCUCCGGCGAUCUGAUCGUCGCUGCUGACGGUUUGUGGUCUCAGUGUCGGGAGGCGUUUGUGGGGAAGAAGGACGAGCCCAUUCCUACUGGAGACCUUGCCUAUCGGAUUGUGUUGAAUGCCGAUCAAAUCUCCGAUCCGGAUCUCAAAGCACUGGUUCAGAACCCUGAAGUGCAUUUCUGGAUUGGACCUGGUGCUCAUGCCGUGGGCUACUCGCUCCGAGGUGGACAGGUGUACAACAUCGUGCUGCUGGUGCCGGACAAUCUGCCUCCAGGUGUUUCGAGGCAGGCUGGCUCUGUGGACGAGAUGCGACAGCUGUUUGUCGGUUGGGAUCCAAUUCUGAACCGGUUCCUUACAUAUGUAACCAACGUGGACAAGUGGAGGCUGAUGCAUCAUGGAGAAAUGGAGAAAUGGGUGAACGACACUUCGAAUCUUGUCUUCACCGGAGACUCUUGUCACCCGAUGCUCCCAUAUCUGGCCCAGGGUGCCAACUCUUCCCUUGAAGAUGGCGCUGUCCUCGGCCUUUUGCUGGGAAACAUGACAGACAAAGCACAAUUGCCUUCCAUUCUCCGGCUGUACGAGAGUCUUCGCAAAUCCCGAGGAGAAGCAAUUGUACGAGAAACAUUCAAACAGAGACACGAUUUCCACAUGGAAGAUGGCGAGGAGCAGAGGAAGCGUGAUGAGAUUUUCGCCUCGCAACUUGGCAAGGAGAUCAAGGGUGCUUUCCCAAGCCGAUGGACAUGUCCAGAGGUCCAGCCCUGGUUGUACGGGUAUGAUGCCAUCAAGGAAGUUAAGAAGGCCGUGGCAGAGAACCCCGAUCUGUUCUCACAACAAACGACUCCGAGAUCCUUUUGCCAGAUUCUGUAG